GCUCUUCUUCCCCCUCUUCAAAUUUUCCGUUUCUUUUCUCCUCCCCCAAGCUUCAUCUCUUCAAGAACUCCUUUACUACAGAAAUCCCUCUCCUUUAAGAACUUCUCAAACUCUUCAACUUUUCUAAGAUCAAAAGGCUUUGGAGAAGUUCCUGAGCUUAAUUUGGCCGAAUUUUUGCCUCUUCACAAGCUAGGGCUUCGCAAUUUGGGAUUUUCCUCUUCUUCAAGCUAUAAUCUUCUUGAAACUUGGAUUAGCCAUGUCGACGAUUUGGACCGGCUGGAGCGCGAAUUCCGACGGUUACAAGAGUUGAAGACUGCCGGUACUUCAACGUACAUAGCCAUCCGGAUGGAAUUUCGUCUACAAGCAUGGCACGACACUCGGGCUUCUGCUGGACUUGAGAUUCAAACGCAACAAAGUCAGGUGGAUCAAAUGGAGGCCGUCCUCGCUGAGAAACAAACAUCUACGCGUCAACUCAAAUCCUCUAUUACGUCGGGUAAGGCUAAGAUAGAGCGACCCGAAGAGGAGCUCAAAGCAGAGGUGGAGGCCUUGGCUAUCUUAGGGAUGACGAAGGAUGACUUGGAGCGUUCAAAAGUUGUGAUAUCCGAAAAAUUGGAGCUCUCGAAACAGAAGUUAGCCAAGAUCAAACAAGAGGCUGCGAAAACAUUAUCCCUCACCGAGGAAUCCUUCAAGGUUGCAUUGCAGUGUGAGCUUGAGCGAACUUAUACAGAGGAAUUGACUAAACUUGAACAGCAAGUCCGUAGUCACAAACUUCAUGUAGAUUGAUUGUAACUCUUGUACCUGCAAACUCAAUUUUAUUAAUAGAAAAUAUGUCUUUUUUUCAUUCA